CACAUGACAGGCACUAUCACGUCUCAACCCCAAUUUUGGUCGUUCUUUAUACAUUCUCCGGUUACGUCACCGCCCCACCUCCCAUUCCCAACGCACAUGCAGAUUCAGACCUCUUUUCUCCUCCUCAGGUAAAUCGCGAGUUGUUCAAUCAGCCUCUCAGUUAGUCCUUGUCAUUGGCUCUAUGCACAUGAAGAGGUCAUGUUUGUAAGUGGUUGUUGUGGUGGGAUUUUGGGUUCCACCUUAAGGAUUACUAGGGAAAAUGCCUGCAAAAGAAAGAGUGGUUACAACCUUAUCUAUGGAAAGCAAUCAUUUUUCCACCCUUUUGUCCAUGGAUUCAAGUUCUUUGUCUCAUGACAAAUCAGGGAGGGAGUUUAAUCGUGUGGGUUUUGCUCCGCCCGAUAUUAAUCUUCCACUCAUGGUUUCCCCGAGCCCCCUGCCUUGUUCAGAUGAAUUUGUGCUAGAUGUUGGUCUUGCUGCCCAGCAUCAUGAUGUUGUUGAGAUGAGUUGUGGUGGUACAAAGGCUGGGAAGAAGUGUGCUAAGCGGCUUGAUAGCGUGUGGGGCGCUUGGUUUUUCUUCAAUUUCUAUUUUAAGCCCGCGGUGAAUGAGAGGUUGAAGGGUAAGGUUGGUCGUGGGAGUGGGAGUGAGUGCGAGAAGUCGGAGUUGAAGUUGGAUGUUUUCCUUGUUCAGCACGAUAUGGAAAACAUUUACAUGUGGGUUUUCAAGGAGAGGCCCGAGAAUGCUCUAGGGAAGAUGCAGCUGAGGAGUUACAUGAAUGGGCAUUCACGCCAAGGGGAGCGCCCGUUCCCAUUUAGCGUGGAUAAAGGCUUUGUGCGUUCGCACAGGAUGCAGAGGAAACAUUACCGGGGUUUGUCUAACCCACAGUGUGUUCAUGGCAUUGAAAUUGUUAGGUCUCCGAAUCUUGCGGGUAUCAACGAGGAGGAACGGAAGAAAUGGAUGGAACUCACGGGGCGAGAUUUGAACUUCUCCAUUCCUCUUGAAGCCAGCGAUUUUUGUUCUUGGAGGAGCGUCCCGACCACAGAAUUCGUGCUCGAGAGGCUACCUCCUCUAAAGUGUAACGCAGUUCCACAUCCAAAACGAUCGCUCAAUGGUUCUAGUCUGAAUUUAUCAACUUCACAACCAAACAAUGUAAAUGGAGAAGGGAUAGAUGCCAACAAGCGAAAGAAAAUGUUCUUUCCUCGAGCGGUUGAUGAUGAUUGCUUUUUAUCUGACAGUUCACACGCCCACCAAAUCGAGCCGCCCUGGUUAACCAAGUGUUCCGGGGUUAUGAGGCACACAUAUGGUCCCGUCACAGCUGCAAAAACUAUAUACGAAGACGACGAGGGAUUCUUGAUUAUUGUCAGCAUGCCUUUCGUGGAUCUGAAGCGGGUGAAAGUCACUUGGAGAAACACCGUCUCACAUGGGACCGUGAAGAUAUCUUGCACGAGCACCGGGUGUGCUCCAACGAUCAAGAGACAAAACCGGACAUUCCAGCUAGCAGAUCCAUCUCCCGAGCACUGCCCUCCAGGAGAAUUUAUCCGGGAAAUUCCCCUGCGCACUCGCAUCCCAGAGGACGCUAAACUAGAGGCUUUUGGAGACGAGACUGGUACGAUGCUCGAGAUUCUUGUGCCUAAACAUCGCGUUGGACCAGAGGAGCACGAAGUUCGUGUGUGCCUUCGCCCCUCCCCUUGGAGGGAACAAUACGUCGGCCUGGCAGAAGCAAUAGUCUGAGACAUGCAUAAGCUGGUUUAGUAGGUGAUAACAUUGUUUCUAACUGAUUUGAAACAAAGAUUAUAUUGGUUUAUUAGGAUCUCAAUUAAGAUUAUAUCUAUAAAUAUUUUGUUCUGCAGUAAACUAUAUUGCUUUUUUACUCUUUCUUUCCAUCUAAUGCAUAAUUUCUUACAGAGUUACAGUGGUAA